CAUCCCUCUCCCAGAGGCCAGAGCGGCUGGUUUCUCCCUGCAGCCCUGGAUCCCCCGGGGCGAAGCGCAUUCCCGGCGGGCCCGGCCGCCCGCAUGCACAGGAGGAUGGGCGAGGCGGUGGCUCGGGUGGCCAGGAAGGUGAACGAGACGGUGGAGAACAAAAGGGAUUCCCUGGAUCUGGCCAACUGCAAACUGAUGACCUUCCCUGUUGGGAUCUACAAAGCCAUGAGGAGCGUCACCGAGGGGAUCCAUCGCAUCUCCCUGGCCAACAAUGAGCUCAAGUCCAUCACCAGCCGCUUUGUCACCACCUUCAGCCAGCUGAGAGAGCUCAACCUGGCAGGCAAUUACCUGCACCGCCUGCCCGAGGAAAUCACGUCCCUGCUGCACCUGCGGGCCAUCGACCUCUCCCGCAACAGGUUCCGGCGCUUCCCGGAGCCCCUGGCCACCGCCCCCGCCCUGGAGACCAUCGACCUGGAAGAGAACGAGAUCGCAGAGGUGCCGACGGAUAAAUUGGCCUCCAUGGCGUUGCUGCGGAGCCUCAACCUGCGCGCCAACCCCGUGGGCCCCGAGGUGCGCCUGCUGGUGCGGCCCCUCGUUCCCUUCGAGCUGCUGCUGUCUCCAGAGGAGCCCAUUCCCAAAGCCUGACAGCACCCCGGGCUGUCCCGAGGGGGCACUGCCCGCCGGAGGGGUUUGGCUUAGCUCAGUCCCUGCUACGCCCCCGUUUCUGCCCCAACCCUGAGUGAGUGCCUCGUUUUUCCUAAACUAAAAGCAAGCUCCCCCGUGGGGGGGAUGGCUCUGCCAAAUCCCCGGCCAGGCAAUGUCCUGCUUGCGCGUUUUGGGGGCGCAGAGGAGCUGCAACGUUUGUGGUGGGAGGUUUGGGUGGAAUUGGGGGGAUCUGGGUGUGCAGCAUCCCAGCCGGGCACUGCAGCAGCAGUGAUGCUGGAGGACAUGCCUGCAGCUGUAAGGGCUCUCCCUGGAAUUGCUGACACGGUGGUGGUGUGCCAAGUGCCUGAUUAAAUGCUUUCCUGUUA